AUGGAUCAACUUGCCAUCACCGUUAGUUCAUUUGCGCACAACCUAGAGAAUCUGCGGUUGCCCGUGAUUCCCUAUAACACUUACAUCAAGGCCGUCGGCGUUGGCAUUCCCAUCGCGGUUUUUCUGCACAGCACCGCCGAUUAUUGGAUUCCGGAGCGUUUCAACAUCCCGAUCAUCACCUGGUUCAGGCGGCGCUGGCGGCAGGAUCCGGAUGUGAAGCACACCCAUCUACGAAUCAUUCGGAAUUUGCUACUUUUCAUUUUUUUUGUGGUGCUUCGCAUGGAUAGCGUGGCGAACGACGAGGUGCAGCCUUCGGAUUACGUCGAGCAGCGCCUGGUGAGCGCGACCGCGCAGCGCAACCUCAACGAGGAGAUCUUCAAAGCCCGCCAAACCGCCUUCUCCGCGGCGGAUGAGCUGCUGGGGGAGGUCGAGAUGAAUAUCGCGGGCGUUCAGCAGCAACGGGAUGCCGUGAUGCGCCGGCGCUAUUUGCACGACGGCCGCUUGGCGAAAUAA